CUUACUUUAAGAUUUAAAUAAAUGAAAUAAACAAGGAAUUUAUUUUAAUCUUGAGUCGGUCAGGAGCAGCUGAGAUGUUUCUCUCAAACAUUAGUGGAACUAGAGGAACGGCAGCUGAAGAUACUCCAGUACUGGAGUCAUUGUGUCCUUAUAGCUCUCUGCUCUUUGGUCUGGUGAGUUAGUCCGAUGGCACGGCACAGUAAGUUGCAGAAGCAGGUCCUUGCUCUGUACCGGCAGUUUCUGCGGGCCGGUCAGGACAAACCAGGUUUCAUCCCCCGAAUCCGUGACGAGUUCAGAGUGAAUGCUUGCAUCAAGAAGACAGACGUGAUGCACAUUGAGUAUCUGUACAGGCGAGGACAGAGACAGCUGGAGCAGCUGAGGGACGUAAACACCAAACAGCUAGGCUCUUUCUCCAAACCUGCAGAGAAGAGCUGACCCCUGACCUGUACGAUGUCUGUGGCUGUCAAUGCCACAAAUACCUCUCAAAGACUUGGUUACAACCGUAAUGCUGAGAUGCUAAAGUCCAAUUGGCAAGCAAAUGCUCAGUAUGGAGAAAAGAUGCAAUGUGAUUUAUCAUAAAAUACAUUUUUUGGACUUUAAAUUUGCAAAAUGUUGUCUGACUGUUUAGACUAAUGAAAAUGAAUAAACUUUCUUUGACACACUUGAUAAUAAUUAUAAUAAUACACUCAGUAAUGUGUAUAAAACUGUGGAAAAGAUUAAUAUUGCAGUUAUUAUCACAGGAUGGAGCUCUCCGCAUGUUAAAGGGGUAGUUUGGAUUU